GACAGACGAAAUAUCGCUAAGUAUUUCGCCCGGUGUGCUAACGUUUCUGCCAGCUCGCCGCCUUACAAUUUUAAAAUAUUGCUCCAGCGUGGGUGUCUUUAGGUAGUGGCUCAACGGUGUAGAAAUAACAGCUGAACAUCCUUCAAAUCAUACGUUGUUGUCUUUGAAAAGCGGGAGGAAUGGCCUCGGUUGGAACACUCUUUGAUUAUAAAGUUUAUUUAACCAGGACCGACACGGGACAACACAAUGACGGAUAAGAGUUGUAGUGGUGGUGGUCUUGGUGGUAGUAGUAGUGGUGGUGAUGGUGCUGUUGUUGCACGACAGGUGAAUGUGGGAAAAAAAUGUUCGCCUUCCCUUAGAAAGUCACACAACACUACCACCACCUUAAAAUCUAUUGUUAUUUUUAUUUCUCAUUUCCUCUCGCGUGUAUAAUCAAUCUGUUUGCCUGACUGUCCGCAUGUCUACCUGUUACGAUCUACCUUGAUAUUUAUAUAUUUAUACUUAUUUAAUUAUUGAUAUUUUUUACCUGUUCAAAAUGGCGGCCGACUGUUUCAAAUGUCCGAAGUGCCAGAGUGAAGAAAGAAGCUCCUGGUUUGAUCAGUCAUUAACGCUUCACUAAUUAUCGUUAUUUCUUAUUUUUUUUAAUUAAUUAAUACUCACAACUUACCGUCGUCCGUCAUCAUCUCCAUCAUCGUUGUAAUAGAGGUUGAAGAAGAAGAAGAGGAAGUGAAAAAGAAAAACAACGAAACACAACGGUUGUUGGGGACAUACUGGAGAAGUAAUUACCAACCACCAACAGGAACAUCUUUACCAUAGAUUGUGUUCAGAAAAUUAUUUCUUUGAAACAGACCAUAUUAUUCUAAAUUCAACAAAUAAUUCUAAACAGCGAUGACUCAGAUUACAAGCUUCAUUGGAAUAUUGUGCUGUUUGUUCUUCCUGCCAACAGUUUUACCAGUCACAAUAUACAAUAUGGAUGAGCCCAGUACCUGCGAUCAGAAGGUGAAGGUGUAUGAAACGCCAAUCAUCGUUAAUGCUAGAAAAUCAACAGUCACACCAUCAAAUCCUCGCCAGUAUUGUGACCUCUACCUGGAAGCCAGCUCCACAGACAAUGCCUACAGACUACAGAUCAGCAUCAAGAGUGUGGCCAUCGAAGACACUGCAUUUCAUCUCAGGAUCAUAGAUGGUACCAAAAAUGGCAACCUUCUAAGGCAGCUGGGACACGGCUCCAAGACAACUGACAUGAUUGUCACCAAAUCUAGCUCUGCUGUUCUUUCGUUGUAUCGACCUAAAAUACAAUACUAUACAGAGAAUGAUUUUUCUUUGGAGAUAAAGGGAUACCGAGAUCCUGAUGAACCUGAAGCCGUGUUUGGAGGGUCACGGUUGGCUCCUGGUGCCAUCAUUGGCAUUAUUAUUGCUGUGCUUCUACUCAUAGCCUUUGCCUUUGCACUCUGCUACAUGUAUAAUACAGGAAUACUAACAGGCAAGCGGCGCCAACAUCACAGCUCCAAGAACCUGACUAAAGUACCACUAAAUACCAAUGGAUCGACGGUAAGCGUGGUAACUGCUGGGUCAGAGUCAGUUUUGGGACAGGAAAAGACAAAUGCACAAAUCAGAAGUGAUGGGGGAGGGCAAGUGAACCGUGCAUUCAAUACCCUUGUGUUGAAUUCCAUGUUGGCAACGUCUCAGGGCAAGGGGAGGUCAGAUGGAGAAGGCAGUGGUAGCUUGGGCUGGAGUAUUAGUAGAGGUAGCAGUAUGAAUAUUGCUGACAGGCCAGCUUUAAACCCGCCUCAUACUACUGGCAAGCAAUACAAUAAACAUCAAAGCUCAGGGGAACAGGAACCAUAUGCUGAGUACCUGGAACCAGUGAGCCAUAGACGUUCUGGACGGCUGAACACCGUGACCUUUGACACAAAGCCAAGUCACUUUGAACAAAACUUUAGUGGAGGUCUCUCACAACAACAACAAAGCCCUCAUGGUUCACACAGAGGGUCAGGGUCUAGGUCACGCCCUGACACUGACCGGCACAGCGGACGAAGCAUGACAUCAUACAAUGAGAUACAACAGCUGCCUGACUUGUUUGUCAAUGACCCAGAGAGCAAAGCCCAACACUCACAGAAGUCGCGGUCCCCACGGGGUUCCGGUAGAGACCAGUCACCAAAGCGACGAACUCCUUCCUACCGCUACACUCCUUCCACUGAGAACAACAAAAGUUCCAUAGAACCAGCAAAGAGAACUGGGGUCCAACAACAAGAUGAUGACCCCUUGUCACAGAUGAACAAAAAUUCCAAACACAGGUCCAGUCAUAAUCAAAGCCCCACAACAAAUGGUCCACAGACAGAUAAUGUGGCCUAUGCACAAAUACAACAUAAGGCACCAUCAGCUCAGUCAAGGGAUCGCAAUUCCACUGCAAAACAUCACAACCAAAGCGAAAACAAGAUCUCAGAGGAUGAGGUUCCAUCACAGGGUAACAACACCAAUCGAGUUAGUAUAACUGAAGAAGAACUUCAGGAAGAGAUCCAAAAACGGCAGGAACAAAAACAAGAAAGGGAGAAACAUCAGUCAAAGAAUGGUUCUAAUAGAGGAAGAAGUAGAGAGAGACAGGAUGGUAGACGGUAUGGGGAAGAUGAAGAAGAUGAAAAUGAUUUGGAAGUCAAGCACUUCCACACACUUGCUGAAAAUAGUAACUCAAACAGCGUCGGCAAUUCCUUUGACUUUGAAACAGAAGAUGAGGAGCCACGACAGAUGACCAACCCUGUUGUUAACAAUGCCUACAUUAAAAAGUCCAUGCAGGACCCCAUGCUGGCAGCAACAGAGAAAUCACAAACAAAACCAUCUGGAAGACGAGAUUCACAUUCACAGUUUCAAGCCGAUGAUGAUGAUGAUGAUGUUCAUUCUCGCCCUGUCCAUCCGCAUUUUGGUAUUCCAGACCUUGUCCAGAAUUCAUCGCAUCAGGACCAGAGUGAUCCCUAUUACAGUGGAUUCCCAACAGCGUUCAGUGAGAUAAUGUCUCGAACUGUCAAUCCUGAUCCAAAUAAAUCAUUUGCGUAUGGAUACCAUUCGCAUUCGGACCCACACCGUGAAGACUCGGUCAGUGGAAAAGCAGCAUGGUACAUGGAAUCGACACCAACCAAAUCUGGACCAAUCAAUACAACAGCAUUUUUCAUGCAGACUUCACAACCCUCACAGAGGAAUGAAGACUCAUCUCAACACACCAAUACACCACCUAGUGCAUUUCGGACAGUGAAUGGCAUGGGUGGAAAUAGGCUGCCCCCAGAAUACACUUCUACUCCAGCUGAUCCUUAUGCACCUGCCGCAUCUUCUUCCCCAAAGGGUGGCCGUGGCCAGAGGGGCGAAGUAGUAAAACCGAAACCAAGAUCUCGAAAGAGUUUGCCAAAUAGAUCUGGAUCACCACCCAGGAGAUUUCCAAUGUCAGUCCCUGACCCCCAUGCUAUCGAUGGAAUAUCAGCAAUUGAACCAGGCCAACGGUCAGCAAUGGUACGGUCAGGAUUUGACCCAACAACUGGUUGCCAAACAUCUCAGGUGAUGUGGGCUGAGAAGGUUCCAGACCCAACAGACCCUGGCCCCAGCGACAACCCAAGCAUAACAAGAAAAACAAUCAAUAGAAUUACGACACGCAGCACCUAUGACCAGCUGCCAGACAACCCUUUCCCACUGCUUGCGCAAAUGCAUGCUGACCCAUCAGAGCCCUCAUUCCUGUCCCCAUCUGGCAGUUUCCAAGGAGGCAUCGGACUCUUGCCUCGUCCAGAGGAGAUAUCUUUCUACACCCAGAAUGGUGUUGGCACAGCAGCCCCCGUCAUACACGAAGCACCCAACCAGAGCCAGUACAUCAAAGACAAAAUCAGUUAUGCUUGACCAAAACAGCAACAACAGCUAACCACAGCAAUGGUUGACCAACAAUAGAGCCUUCAACAUAGGCACUUGAGCUGCUAGAUAUGACAUCCAAACAGCCCUCAAAUUAAGGACACAUUGGAUAAUGAGGUCUGGUUUAAGAUAUAUUCCAAAAGAAACAGGAUGGUCACAGCAGGAAUGUUUUUGACCUAGGGCUAAACACUAACAACUGUAGCCGCUAAUACUAACUACUGUGUAUAGUAGUACAUUAGAUAAUGUAGUUUUAGGUACACUUUGGCUGAAUGAAAGCUACAACCAGGAAUUACUUGGGGGCUUAACAACAACAAAACCACUAAUACUAACUUCUAUAUUAUACAUUUGAUGAUGUAGUCCAAGAUAUAUUAUGUCUAAAUAAGAGGGGAUGGUCACAGCUGGAACAUCUUUCAUCAUCAGUCAAUUGGACCAUGGAACAACUAUAACCACUAAUACCUAACUACUAUAUUAUACAUUUGAUGAUGUAGUCCAAGAUAUAUUAUGUCUAAAUAAGAGGGGAUGGUCAUUGUAGCUGGAACAUCUUUGAUCAUUGGUUUGUUGAAUCAGGACUGACAUUGGACUAAACAAACACAAGGUGCUAAUCUUUGACUGCCAGAAAUCCAAAUAUAUCUUCACAUUCUUACAUGUAAGCUCGUUCUCUCUCACUUCUUGGACUCCAUACAAACUCUAAAUUCCACAACUGACCACAACAGUUGCACCACAAUAUCUAAUCAUAGUCUUUUCUUUGCCUCAUUAAUUUUUUUAUCUUUUACUUGUUUCAGUCAUUGGACUGUGGCCAUGCUGGGGCACCACUUUGAAGGGUUGUAGUCAGACAACUCAACCCCAGUACUUAAUUUUUCAUUUGAAGUCUGGUAGUUAAUAUGUCAAUCUCUUUGCUGAAUGUCUAAGUUAUGGGGAUGUAAACAAACCAAUACUAGUUGUAAAGUAGUCUGGUGGGACAAACACAGAAACAAACAAACAAACAUGGCCUAGUGGUUAGGGUGUUGCACUCAAGAUUGUAAAAUCAUGGUUUCGAUUCCCAGACCAGGCUGUACAUUGUGUUCUUGAGCAAAACACUUGACUUCACAUUACUUUGCAAUCGUUUCAACAUCUGACAUGUGGCACACCUGUGUACCUAUCUAGGUUAUGAUGAUUUGAUGGAGGGAGUGAGAUGAUGUACAGCACAAACAUUUAACCCCUAUAAGGUUGUUCAGCAAGAUGCCGUGGAACCCUCAUCCAUCAUCUAACAAUGGCAGGGUCCAUAAUAAUAAUAAUAAUAAUAUAUUAAUUGAAGUGUACGGUAUCCAUUAUGGCUCUUACCAAUUGGUUUCACACUAGAGGUCCAAUGGAAUGUAAGAUCUGAUUAUUUACUCUGCUCUCAUGUGAGGUAGGCAUUAUGGAAUGAAAUAUAGCAACUGUUCUCUAUCUACAUGCAUGUGUGUGUAUAUAAAUAUA